AUGGAAGAAUUUGAAGAUAAUCCAAGAAAAGUAAAAAAGUAUGAAACUAAGUUUAAAGAGUCAUGGUUAAUUAACGAAAAGUAUAAGAAAUGGUUAGUUAAAAUAGAUGAGAAAAAAGCGAAAUGUUCAUUUUGUAAUGUUAAUUUUACUGUAAAAUGGGAUGGCGAAAAGGCUCUAACUACUCAUUUAAACAGUGAAAACCAUAAAAAAACUACACAGAAUUUGCAACGUAAUUCAUUAAUGACCACAUUUAUGACAAAACGAAAUAGCUCGGAUGAACUUAAGGUAGCAAUCAUUGAAAUAGCAUCAAUUUACCACGCAAUCAAUCAUCAUCAUAGCUAUUUAAGUAUGGACUGUGGAAUAAAAUUGAAUACUUCUCUAUACGGAGAUUCUGUAAUGGCAAAAAAAGUUCACUGUGGACGUACUAAAGCAGAAGCAAUAGUCAAAAACAUUCUCAGUCCUAAUUCAAUAGAACUAGCAAUUCAAGACUUGAAAAUGGUUACGGCUUUUCAAAAUGGUAGUUAUUUUUCUAUUGCUAUUGAUGCGUCUAAUAAGGGUUCCCAAAAAAUGUACCCUAUUGUUGUUCAGUAUUUUCACAUUCAAAAAGGUAUCCAAAAUAAAUUAAUGGAUUUUUAUGAAGAUCCAGAUGAGACAUCAUUAAAAAUUUUCGAAAAUAUUGAAAAUUUUAUACAGAAAUCAAAUUUAGAUGUUGAAUUAUUAUCUGGAUUCUCUGCCGACAAUGCAUCAGUAAAUUACGGCGUUCGUAAUUCGGUCUAUCAAAAACUUCUCGAAAAACAUCCAGAAACUAAAAUAAUAAAAGCAAAUUGUAAUUGCCACGUUAUUCACAAUGCUGCUAGAAACUCUAUGAAACAAUUAACAUAUGAUGUAGAAAACUUAGUGUUGAAAGUGUAUGCCGAAUUUAAAAUAUAUGUUAAAACAUCUUUGCGAAGAGUACAAUGA